AUGGAAGGCCAUUAUGUGUUAUCGAAGGCAGGCUAUCGUGUAGUUUCCUCCGGAACAGGAUCGGCGGUCCGUCUACCUGGUCCCGCAAUAGACAAGCCAAACAUCUAUGCAUUCGGGACGCCUUACAACGAUAUUUACGAAGAGCUCCAAGCCCAGGAUUCUCGGCUUUACUCCGCAAACGGGCUUUUGCAGAUGCUUGACCGGAACCGACGAAUAAAACUGGCGCCAGAACGGUGGCAGGAGAGCAAGACAAUCGCAGACAUCGUCAUUACCUGUGAAGAACGAUGUUUCGACGCGGUCUGCGAUGAUCUGCUGACCAGAGGAGGAGACUUCAACCGACCGGUCCAUGUCAUUAACAUUGAGAUUAAGGAUAACCAUGAGGAGGCUCACAUCGCUGGGAAAGCGAUCGUGGACUUGGCGGCCGCGAUCGAGGCCUCGGACGACAUCGACGAGGACAUGGAAAAGAUUCUGCAGGCACACCAGGAGAAGCAUCCACACAGUCUGCUGCAUGCUGUCGCUUACUAUUAA